AUGAACCCUAGCGGUGCAAAUAUGUAUUCUGCAACAACUGGCAGAACUGAUAUUCUGAUAUCUGCUAGAGUGUCUCAUUCGCAAUCCUCCAUUAAACUCUUUAGAUCAUACACUAUCCCAAUUUCAAUCAAAAAAAGUUCAAGAGAUUUGAAUUUUACUCAAAGGAUCAGAGAAAGACCUCCUCUAUUUCAUCCACAAUUGCCAGUUUUAUGCAAAUCAAAAACCACGUUGUCUGCGCAACGUGAUAAUAGUAGAACUUCCGGUGAAGAGGAUUUUGUGACUAGGGUUUUGAAGGAAAACCCUAGCCAGGUGGAACCCAAGUAUUUGGUUGGUAAUAAACUGUGUACAUUAAAGGAAAAAGAACAAUUGGAAAAGAAAGGAUUCGAUGGUGGAGUUUUUGAGAUUUUGAAAAGGUUGAAUUUGAAGGCAUUGUCAAAGAAAGAAGGUGAUGCGGGUAAAGAUGAAAAUGUUGUCCAGACUGACAAUGUUUUUUUGAAGGAUAUUUUGAGGGAAUACAAAGGGAAACUUUAUGUUCCUGAGCAGCUUUUUGGGGCGAACUUGUCAGAGGAGGAGGAAUUUGACCAGAAUCUGGAGGUGUUGCCGAAGAUGACUUAUGAGGAUUUUCGGAAAAACAUGAAGAGCGAUAAAAUAAAGUUGUUGAGUUUCAAGGAAAGUAUUGUUGUUUCUUAUGGGAUGAGAGAUUUCAUUGUGGACUUGAAGGAAAUCCCCGGUGACAAAAGCUUGCAGAGAACUAAGUGGGUGAUGAGACUGGAUGAGAACCAAGCACAGGCUGUCUUGGAGGAUUACACAGGCCCGCGAUAUGAGAUAGAGAAGCAAAUGAUGUCUUGGGUGGGAAAAGUGCCAGAAUAUCCAAAUCCAGUGGCAUCUACAAUAUCCAGCAGAAUGAUGGUAGAGCUUGGAGUGCUUACUGCUGCAAUGGCUGCAGCUGCAGUUGUUGUUGGAGGGUUCCUAGCUUCAGCAGUAUUUGCAGUGACCAGCUUCGUCUUCGCCGUGACUUUAUAUGUGGUGUGGCCUAUGGCUAAACCAUUUCUUAAGCUUUUGUUUGGUCUUGUCUUCAGUAUUUUAGAGAGAGUUUGGGAGAAUUUUGCUGAUAUUGUCAGUGAUGGAGUCUCCAAGUUGUAUGAAAUUUACACAUUUGGUGGUGUAUCUGCCAGUCUUGAGAUGCUUAAACCAAUCAUGCUUGUAUUUUUAACUAUGGUUAUUCUUGUACGUUUUACUCUUUCUCGAAGACCUAAGAACUUCAGGAAAUGGGAUAUAUGGCAAGGCAUUGAAUUUUCUCAAUCUAAACCCCAAGCUCGUGUGGAUGGUUCAACUGGAGUUACAUUUAAUGAUGUGGCAGGGAUUGAGGAAGCAGUGGAAGAGCUCCAAGAGUUGGUGAGGUAUUUGAAGAAUCCAGAACUAUUUGAUAAAAUGGGGAUAAAGCCUCCACACGGGGUUCUUUUAGAGGGUCCUCCAGGAUGCGGCAAGACCCUGGUCGCCAAGGCCAUUGCUGGUGAAGCUGGUGUUCCAUUUACCAAAUGGCUGGGUCCGAAUUUGUUGAAGUUUUAG